UGUUUGCCAAUACACGUUUCCUUCUGGAUGUAACAUAAAAAAAAAUAAGUAUUUCUUAGCAUAGCCUGACUGUUAUUUCCUCAUUGUUCGUCAAAAUAAAUGUCAAACGAGUACACACUGUCUGAGGCAGCUGGAAAGGUGGAGCUGUACUAAACUACCCACUCACCUACUCACUCAAUGCACAACUUGAUACGCAUGGAACAAUUAUUAAUGAGUCAUUUAUUUUUUACCGUUCUUAUUGGGAACAGACAAAACAACAUAGCACUGGAACUUAUCAUGUAGGCUACGUUUCCGUUUUCUUGGAUUUCAUUUCGUUGAUUUUAAUAUGCAAGUAAGGCUAAACGUAUUGAGUGUGGUCUGUCGUUCUGCUGUUUUUUUGCGCAUUUGCGUUUUUUUGUCCCUAGGGCCAAAGUUGUUCAAGCAUCAUUGGAUACGCCGUGACUUUUUACAUGUGCCUCUGUUGUGAGUAAGCUAGUGGUCACCCAUCAUGAUGAUGAGUCGUGGGAAUGGACCUGCACUUGCUGUGCUCCUGCUCCUGUUGUGCCUGCUGCAGCUCCCGUGCGCGUCCGAGGAGAUAACACGCACCAGACUAACUGUCACCGAGAUUCAAUACCAAAAUGGUUCCAACUGGAACCCUGAGAGUCUUCCUCAGCUGAGUCUGUCCACUCUCGGGUUCUCUUCAUCACAAGGCUCCUGUUUUGCCUGUGUCCAUGUACGUGUCAGAAUGAAAGCGGCAGACUUCACUGGGACACUGACCAUUAAAUACCUGGAGCUGUCAACUACAACUCGCAGAACCAUCUCGAUAAAAAAUGGAGUCAAUAAUGACACUUUACAGUGGAGUGACCCGUUUCGAUCCAUCAUAGUAGGAAAGACCAACAUUAAGCGCUUACAUCCCCAUGACAUUGGCCACAUGAUUGUGUGGGAGUUGGUGUAUGACUGUUUCCCUGCUGACGCAGGGCGAGAGGUGUAUGUGUCUUUGUCCUCUAAACCACAGAGACAGCACAGGUACAUCGUACAGAAGGACAUCUGUCCAGGUGAUGCAGAUUCAGAUCCAGUACCAGAGUUUGAUCUGUCUGUGGAUGAGCUGGCUCGAUCCCUCAAUGUAACAGUAGCAACUGGAGACCACAUAUACCAACCGGCUCGCUCAUCUGAUGUAUACACCAGGUUGUGCUACAGACACACAGAUGCAGAAUGCUCCAACCUUUCUGCUCUUUCUACUAUUGACACCAAUCAGAAUCGAUCAGUGACUCUCAGUUUCCCCUACCUGCUACCCUGUGUCUGUGUACAGGUAUAUUACACACACCUAGACGCAAGGCGAACCACAGUUUGCCCGUUUGUGAAUGGCUCAUUAGAUGGGGGCAGAGACGUGUGGCGCUCCAGUAAUGUGACUUUGUAUGGUGAGUUGGGUUCAAGCAUGGCCUGGAGUGCCCUGUGUCCUACUGCUUACCUGAAGCCCUCUGCCUCCCUCUGCUGGCGACACCAGAGAAACACACCACAAUGCACUCCCAUCCUAAACUCCACACUGGAGGACAUGGAGGAGAAGGGAGAUCUGAAAUAUAAUAUUUAUGCUGUGGAUAAACACCCUCAGAUGUGUGUGCAGUUUUCCUUCAGAGGCAGCCAUGAUGUCCACUGUCCAUUCCAACCAGGUAUGUCUAAGUGGGAGGCAUAUGUUGGUCCUGGUUCACAAAGUCUCUGUGUCUAUCUCACCUCCACUAUCCCAGCAUCCUUUGCUGCACAACUCUGUGUCUGGCAGGAGAAAGGAUGUGUGUCCAGAGGAGCUAUCUACUUAGUAAACAUGGGUGGGGGCACCAGAGAGACACAGCUGAACCUGCCCUUAUCAUCCCUGACUGAGGGUAUAUGUGUGCAGGUCUGGCGGUCAGAUCCUGCACAGUAUGGGAGGAGACUACUGUGUCCUGACUAUUCCCACAGGAGAUGGGGUCUCUAUGCUGUUGCAGUCUUGACACUUCUGGUUACAGUGGCAAUGCUGGGAAGCCUCAUCCGCUAUGUGACCAAGAAGGGAGUCCCAGGUUGGCUAUUCAUCCAGAGGCCUGUGUUGUUGGUGUGUUCAUCAGAGCAGUCAGCCCAUGUGUCUGCCGUGUGCGCUUUGGCUUCCUUCCUACAGGGGGAGUUGUGUGCUGAAGUGCGCAUGGCUUUGUGGACCCAGAGCUCCAUUGGGGCUUGUCCUGGGGCUGUGGAGAGGUCUUGGGCUGGGGUGGCUGAGCUGGGCCCUGUGCCCUGGCUGUAUGGACAGUGGGAGGCAGUCAGAGAGGCAGGAGGCCAGGUGCUGAUCGUAUGGAGCGCAGUGGCUAAGGAAUCCUACAAGAGCUGGAGAGAAGAGAGGGAGGGAGGGGAUAGGAGGGAGGGGGAACAGACAGGAGGGAGGAAAGGAGAGGAGAUGCAACAAGGGGAAAGGGGAGGAGAAAAAAUUGAAGAACUUGAGAAAACAAGAGUGGAACAGGAGCAAGCAGGAUUGAAGAAAGGAAAGGAAUGGAAAGAGGAGAGUAGGAGCAGAGAGGAGAGAGAGCCCUCCUCAGUGACAGGGCCAGUGUUCAGGGCUGCCCUGUCCUGUCUGCAGGGGGCACGACAGGGGGCAAGCAGGGUCAACGGCUUCACCAUUGUCUACUUCCAGGGCCUCUGUCACAGUCGAGACAUCCCCAAGGACCUCAGAGAAGUCCCACGCUACUGCCUGCCUCGGGACUUCGGAGGCCUGAUACGUGAGCUGGAUGGGACCGCUAGAGGGAGGAACAGUGUGAUUGGCAGCUGGGCCUGUUGGCCCAGACUCCUUUCCAAAACACUGUCACGUUGGUUGGCACGACGACUAACUCACAGGCUCAGAGUGUGGUUGUCACAGGAAGAGGAGGGGCUAAAACCGAAAUCAUCACAGGAAGUGAUAUCAGAGAGGACACUGAACAGGCAUGUGUUGUCGCUGUCAAUUAAUGAGGAGAGGACAGAGCCAAGCACUUUGCAGCAGAAGGAGUUGCUUAGCGGGUCACCAUGGCAAUGAAGCAGGGCAUCUCAGGUUUCACCUUUAUA